AUGUGGAGCAGAUGCAACAGUAGUUUUCUGUUCCCACGAGAAAACCAACGUUCCCAAGUGACUAGUGCUGUGAGUUCCAAAAGGACAGGCCUCAUACAUGAGCACACACAGCCCCCACCCAACCCCAUCUACAGUGCAGGUUUCAGAGAAUGCAUCUCCCGCCUGGGCAACUACAUUGACAGCGUGGACCCCUCCCAGAGAGAGAGCUUUGUCCAGGAACUGAGGGAUCACCUGGAUGCCCACAGUGCCUGCCCUCUGGGGAGGGUGCAUAGCCAGACCUUUCCCCUGGACCUCCAGACCUGGGGCUCUGGACCAGAAGGGCAAUGCUUACUGGGCAGAGUUCAGAACAGGAAGGAAAGUACAGGGAUGGGUCAUCAACGAGCCAGCAGGGAGGCCACCUUCCCCUACAUCAACACCUCUCUUCCCAUCUAUCCCAACACCUUUGUACUCCACCACCCCCACCCUACCCAACACCUCUCACACCCAUACCCAUCUCCUCCUUACUCCCUCUCCCCCCCACCCUCCCCUUCUUACUCCAGCUCCUCGACACCUAUCACCAUUACCUCUCCAUACCUCUCCAUGCCCUGCCACUUCCCCUUCUCUCCUUCUCCCUCUGAACAUCGAUCAGAUUCCUUGUCAUCCUCGUCUCACUCUACACCUCUACUUGUGGCGCCUCUGGUACCAGAUCAUACUCCCCUGGGUUCCAGUAUCCCCACCCCUCUAUGUCCCUCUGGCCCUGUGCCCGACGGCCCAACAAGGACUCUGAGGCGGUCACUGUUUCAAAUCCAGCCCCAGAUGGCCAUCCAGAUCAUCACCGGACUCGUUCAGGACAACAAUCUUUCCUAUUAA